AUGCGGGAGCGGCUGCAGGUGCAGCUGGUUGAGCUGCAGGUGGUGGUGCUGGUUGGGCUGCAGGUGCGGCUUGGGCUGGUAGGCAAGAGUGGAUCUCUUGUACAAGCUGGGAUGAUUGUUGUUGCGUUUGUUAUUGGAUUUUCUGCAGAGUGCGGUGUGGUGUUUGCCGGCGCAGUUGCAACAUCUGCCAAUGCUCUGGCAUUGCGUGGAAUGAUGUUGAGAGCUGAGACAGUUGUAGCAGAGUUGCUGAUUGUUUGUAGCUGUGAUUCUAUCUUCAGUGAUGGUGAUGAGCAUUGUCGUUGGUUGUGGUUGGGUGAUUUGGAGUGUCUGGAUCAUCUGGAGCGGUUGGAGGUGUCAGCGCGGUUAUUUUGCUCCUUGGAUGUAUCUUUGUUUUUGGUUGAUGAUGAGGAGGGUCGAGUAAGGAAUGUAAGCGUGUUAACGGUGGCCGUAGCAGGGUCAUCAGACCAAAGAUGUCUGGGAGGGUUGAGUUCUGGUGGCGUAACUGAGGACAGCAGAUGGAUAUGGAUCGGCAUCUUCUUCCGUUUCAAGUGUGCUGAUGACACUGGGUUGAAAUACAUCUAA